AUGUCUGCCUCCGAAGUCGAAUCAGCCCAGCCAGUUACCGAGCAAUCCCCAUCGCCAGUCGAAGAGACUGAUCCAAACAAGGUUUUUGUGGGUAACUUGCCAUACGAUACCACUGAAGAUCAAUUGAAAGCAUUGACUCCUGAACUGGAAGUUGUGUCAGUGGAGCUUCCAACCAGAACUGUCACUAAGAAAACAGACCAGACCACCGUCCAACUUCAAAAGGGCCACGGUUUUAUUGUCUACAAGAGCUCUGAAGACGCUGCCAAGGCAAUCGAACUGAUUGGCGGCAAGACGGUAGGAGAAAGAGAGGUGUACGCCAGAGCUGCUCUUCCUCCAAGCCUUGCACCAAAGAGGGAGAGAAAGCCAAAGAAGACUGCGCAAAGGUCUGCGGCUUCGAGCGCUAGCGGCAAGACGAAGAAGAAGAGCAAGGCCAAGGCCAAGGCGGAAGCCAAGGCAUCUGGCUCUGAGUCCGACGCCAAGACCGAUUCCAAAGAGGCCUCUCCUGCUGAUCAGAGCGAGGCCACUUCUGCCGAGUCGUCCGCGCCUGUGAAAAAGGCCAGAAAGCCAGUCUUGUCCAAGGAGGAGAAGCAGAAGAAGUUGUCAGAGGGCGUUCCUUCCAAGACCACACUGUUCCUGGGCAACCUCGACAAGUCUGUUACCAGCAAAGAUUUGAAGGAACUGUUUGCAGAGUACGAGCCAGUCUGGAUCCGUGUUCCGAGAAGAGAGCUUCCAAAGAACCUGUACUUGAAGCUGAAGGCCAGAAACGUCCAAAUCGACAACAAAGGUAUUGCUUUUGUGAGAUUCAAGUCUGAGGAGGACCAGCAAAAGGCGCUCAAGGAGUUCGAAAACAAGGAGUACAAGAACAGAAAGCUCAACGUCACGGUUGCAAUUGACUCUGCUGUGGAGGCUGCUGCUGAGGCAUCUUCAGAGGGCAAGGAAAAUGAGUGA